AUGACGAUACGGGAACUUCCCUUUGACCUCUAUGUACAGAUUCUCGAGCAGUUAACACCAUCGACGGAUUCUGAUGAAAGCAUUAUUGUGCUUAUAUCUUGCUUGAAGACAACCACUACCCUUCGGGCAGCUGCAUGUGUUUCGAGACUAUGGGAGCCACACUACCGUGCUCGAUACACAGUAUGUGUCCCUGCGAAAGAGCAAUCGCGAAAGGAAUCUACAGGUGGUGACUGGCGACUUAUGUAUCUCGAGAGGCGGCGCAUAGAUCUCGAGGUAUUGGACAUAUUGCUCGAGAUUGUCAUGGAACGGGGUGACAGAAGACUGGAAAGAGCGCGAGAGGUUAACACCAUGUUCUCGUUUGACGCAUGGAAUGCCCUCGAGAUUGCCGCAAAUUGUCCGCUUCCAGAGAUAUUCCGCGAGCCAGGAGUUAUAGAGCAGAGGGCCGUUCCCUCUCAUGCAAUUCCCAUCCGCUUUUGGGCUGAAAUGCUUCUUGGUGCUAUUGCUAGAAGUGAUGCUGUUCGCACCUGGGGAAACCUUAUACAUAAUGACACACCCAAGGCGUUGGAGCUUUCAUUCGCUUGUAUGUCCAGCUUUUUCGUAUAUCCUCCCAUGAAGGUCUUGUCCCAACUUGAAGAACUUACGACUCUCUGCAAAACCUACUUUAUAGAGCAUCAAAUUCCCCUUGAUCCUGUUGAAUUCACAAGUGAUGCUGGAAAGCUCAGACUCGUCUGUUCGUCAAUCUGUGAUUUUAUGUGGAGCUGUGGUUUUGAAGCUGCGGAUGGACAACAGUUUCACAUGUUACAUAACCGAAUUCCUCACUAUUUCUUGACCACGCACAAGGCAACUAUACCUAUAUCACUUGUAUACGUUUUCGUGUGCAUCGCACAACAGAUGGGCGUUACGGCAGCACCUAUUGACUUUCCUACCAGAGUUCUGGCCGUCGUAUCUUCUCCCCACCCAGAUGUCUCAGAAAUUUUUGUCGACGUUUUUGGCUCACGAACACAAGCCAUUCUGACACUCCAUGACGAUAUUCCGCGCUUCCUUAUUCAAGCAGGGAUCCCCACCAAUAUAAUACUCCCUUGGAUUAGCCCCGCUUCCUCUACCUCUAUGCUGCUACGGGCGUCCCGGAAUGUUUUAACAUCCGCCAACAACGUGCCUGCAGGAGCAGUUCGCGAGGUUGAGCUGCAAACAGCAUUCUAUGCCAGCCUCAUGAUCAACGUCAUCUUUAUGGACAAUCGCAGGUCUCUAUUGAAUAUAAUGAGGCAUAUCAAUCGGUUCCUCCUCGAUCUGCUGCCAGUACUUGUCGAUUCAUUGGCCCCUCUUUUAAACCCGUACCUCCAAGAGCAGCUCACGACAUAUUGCAAGGCUAUCGCCGAAGACGAGAAGGAAGCGGCCACUACCUUUCAUUCUCGUUCUGCACUCACACGGGAAGUGAAAUUCUUCGCUGGCAUGGUUUUCAAGCAUGCAGCCCACGGAUACGUGGGAUAUAUAUACGGCUGGGAUCCCUCCUGUGCAGCGGCCGAGGACUGGAUCCGUGAGAUGGGUGUGGAUUCGCUCUCUCGAGGCCGUCAUCAACCAUUUUAUCACGCGCUCACUCAAAGUGGCUCUGAGCGCUAUGUUGCAGAGGACAACAUUAGGACGACAUGUCUAGAAUCAGUUGAUGUUCGCAGAAUUUUUAUAGACGCACCACGGGCCGGGAGGUACUUCGAGGACUUGACACAAGUUGACGGGAGAGCAAGGUUUCUAUUGAGCCCAGAACUGAAUGCAGCGUAUCCUGAUGACGAAAGCUUUGGUGAUCAGUGGCUCAGGCAAGGAGAGGAUUGA